GCAGGACCGCACCUUCUGAGAGCACCACCUGAAACUGGAGAUGCAGGGGUACCAGUAAAGGGCGGAUGGCCAGUCAGGCAGCCAUGCGAGGCCAGCGUGUGGUGGAGAGCGAGUGCAGGUGCUGGAACCCGGCUGUCUGGCUCCUGGUGUCCCUGCUGGGUUCCCUCCUCCUGGUGGCCGUGGGCCUGCUGUUGCGACUCGGAGACAUGAAAAUAAACAAACGGGCUGUAUCCACCAAUGGCAUGCAAAGCCCAGUGAGGACGCAAUACCAAGUACGACUGGUGAACGGCCGUGACAGAUGUGAGGGCAGGGUGGAGGUGCACUACAAUGACUCAUGGGGCACAGUGUGUGACGACGACUGGGACAUGGUGGAUGCCAACGUGGUAUGCCGCCAGCUGGGAUGCGGCGUGGCCGUGGCAGUGGGCAGCAGCUCCCAGUUCGGGCAGGGAGCGGGGCUCAUCAUGCUGGACAACGUGGACUGCAGAGGCAGCGAAGCGGACCUCAGCCAGUGCCACAGCCUGGGCUGGGGCAUCCACAACUGUUACCACUACGAGGACGUGGGUGUUACCUGCAAAGAUCUAACUUUGGAAGGGCCCAGAGAGGAACGCACCACACCAUCUCAGGUCAACUCUGGCUUACGAGACGGCACCAUCCGCUUGGCGAACGGGAAGAGCGCCUGCCAGGGCCGGGUGGAGGUCUACUACCAGGGAAGCUGGGGGACGGUGUGCGAUGAUGACUGGGUCCUCAACAAUGCCAUGGUGGUGUGCCAGCAGAUAGGCUGUGGCGGCGCUCUCUCUGCACACACCAACUCCUAUUUUGGCUACGGUACCGGCCUGAUUCUCUUGGACAACGUCAACUGCCGCGGCACUGAGCAGGAGCUGGGGAAAUGCAAAAGCCUGGGCUGGGGGAAGCACAACUGCGGCCACCACGAGGAUGCUGGAGUCACCUGCACAGGAUCCACUACUGUACCAUCUGAAGUGACAGAAAUUCAGCAUUCAGCAUUCAGAUUCUGGGAAACAAUGGACACCAAAGCAACAGAACAAAUUCUGGUCACAGAGUCGCCAACGACAACAACCGUUACCACAAUCGCCCAGACAAAAGGCAAACCGGCCGUCCGCGUGAUGAACGGUAACAGCAGCUGCCAGGGUCGCGUUGAGGUGUUCUACAGAAAUGACUGGGGGACUGUGUGUGACGACGACUGGGACAUGCCCAAUGCCGAAGUGGUGUGUAAGCAGCUCGGCUGUGGCCGGGCUAUAGCGUUCAAGACCCAGGCCUACUUCGGAUACGGUUCUGGUCCCAUCCUGCUGGACAAUGUGCAGUGUGGCGGCUCUGAAGCUGCUCUGUCUCAGUGCUUCCACCUGGGCUGGGCUCAGCACAACUGUGGCCACCAUGAGGACGCUGGAGUUAUCUGUGCACCUUUUGACCCCCAGUUCUCUUUCAUCCACAAUGGACGUGAUUUCAGAGUAACAGAAAAAAUACCAGCCACUACCACCACCACCACCAGGCAGCUGUCUGAAGGCAUGUUGAGACUGGUAGGUGGGCAGCACCAGUGCGAGGGCCGAGUUGAGAUGUACAUAAACUCUGAAUGGGGCACGGUCUGCGAUGAUGCCUGGGACCUCCCUGAUGCUCAGGUCGUAUGUCGCCAGGCGGGAUGCGGGGAAGCCACAACGGCUCGGGGAGAAGCCUACUUCGGACCCGGGACGGGAACUAUCCUGCUGGAUAAUCUCAAAUGCAACGGUGCUGAGGCCUCCCUGAAGGAUUGCUCCCAUAUAACCUGGAAGUCGCACAACUGCGAUCACUCUGAGGAUGCCGGUGUCACCUGCUCGCUGUCGUGAUUGCAGCAGCACCACACUCCUAUCUCCACCAUGGGUUAGGAUGUGGCUGCACCAAGCCAGGACUUGUAUACAUGGUGUAAAUAACAGUUCUCCCGCUGCUGAAGGAGUACCCCACCAUAAACAGCAUGCAAAAUAACUAAUGGGACAACAUUUGAAACAUACUAUAGCUAUCUAUGCCUAUAAAGCACUUUAUAAGUAUAUGACAUAAGAUAAAAUGUGCACAUUUUUAUUGACAAGCAAAGAAAAGAAAAGCUUUUAAUUGUGUGAGUGUCUUCCAUUGUUUGAGUAUUUACUGUAUAUUUUAUAUUUCCAUGAUUAAGAAAGGAUUUUACUUAAGGAAGUCCAUCAAUGAUCUAUUUCAAAAUAGUAAAUCUAUCUUGAAAGGGGAAUUGACACUUCAAAAUUACAAUUGUUUCAUAGGAAAAUAGAAAUAUAAAUGGGAAAAAUGGAACCAUAUAAACCCUGGGCGAGGAAACAAAUAACGUAUUACAGUUUGUCUUGUGAAUACAUGAACUAUAUUAUGUGAUCUUUGUUUUCUUAAACCCCCAUAAAUAAAUGUAACAAAUAAUCAUUUAUAUGCAACAAAAUAAAUGUUCUUAUUUUUUGGUAUAUAUUUUUGUGGCAAAAACAGAAGCAGUGAAUCUGUAUUUGUUAUUCUCAUAAACUUUAGACUUUUUAAUUGUAUUUUUUAGACUUUUUAUAUAGCAGUUUUAUCCAACACUAGAUAGAUAGAUAGAUAGAUAGAUAGAUAGAUAGAUAGAUAGAUACUUUAUUAAUCCCGAAAGAAAUGUAACUGUUUAUUUAACGUGCACGU